CUACUUGCUCCAUCUGCUUUGCUGCUUUCAGUUCAGUUGAGAGGUCUGUCAAACCCACACACGCAGCCAAGAUGGCGGAUGCCGACGAUUGGGACGCUGACAACUUCGAGUUGGACGUCGCGCCGAUCAAAACGGCGGUAGUGCUGGACAAAUGGGAAGGCGAAGACGAAGAUGAAGAUGUGAAGGAUAACUGGGAUGAUGAAGAGGAAGAGAAGAAAGCAGAGGCAAAGAAAGCAGAGGCCAAAGUGUCUGAGAAGAAAAAACUGGCCGAAAAAAAUCAAGGAGAAAGAAAACCGCUAAGGAAAAAGCAACAAGAGCUGAAAAGAAAGUGA